CUUCAACACCUUCCGCCAAAUGACAACAUCUUAAACAUUUCCAACAUCAUUCAACAACAUGGACGACCCAACACCUCUCGAGGCCCUGCAAGCGCGUCAUCGAAAAGAGCAGCGCGAUCUCGUUGCCCGUUCAACGCAGAAGAAGAAAUCCGCCACAAAGAAGACGCGGAAGGGCGUGAACGACGAAUGCGAGAGACUAGAGCAAGAGCUCAAGGAGCGACAGGCCCAGGAACUUGCUGAGCUGAACGGCGAAACGACCGAGGAUGCGCCAGCGGACCCGUUAGAGCCGGCUGAUGAGGUGGAAGCGAACGGACUCGAGGCAGACGUAGAGAAAUUAUCGCUUGCGACAAGUCAACCCGAUGCACCUGCACAACCCCCCUCAGAACAACCAGCGGGACCGAAGAAGAAGCAGAAUCGCGCGAAGGCACGUCUCGCCCGUCGCGCUGCCGAACAAGAAGCUCUCAUCGCACAAGCGGAGGAGGAAGCUGCCAACAUGCCGGAUCAGCGCGAGGUUGAACGGGAACAGAUGAAGUCACACUUUGGGAAGUACGGAUUGCAGGAGAAAGAAAUCAGAGCAGAUGGUCACUGUCUAUACGCAGCGAUUGCUGAUCAGAUGGAGACUUCGGGCCUGGGACUGAAACCACGGAUAGAGCCGAAGAUACAUGAAGAGCAGGGGCUGCCAGUUUACAAGACAGUACGACAUGCAGCAGCAGAUUUCAUCGAGGGGAAUCCGGAUGAUUUUGUGCCCUUUAUGGAGGAACCUAUCAAUCAGUACUUGCAGAAGAUCAGGAAUACAGGCGAAUGGGGCGGACACAUGGAAUUACUAGCGCUAGCGAAGACUUAUGGAGUGAGGAUAAAUGUUCUGCACGGGGAUGGGCGAGUGGAUAAGAUCGAGCCGGAGGGAAAUCCCGCCGACGCAAAGGAGAUAUGGUUGGGUUACUACAAGCAUAAUUUCGGUCUAGGAGAGCAUUACAACUCCCUGCGAAAAACGCCUUGAGGACUUCACAGAUUUGAGCAGGUUGGACUGGACACAUCGGCACAUUGCAGGGCAUCGUCGAAUGAUUGCACAAUCCUGUCCCAUUCCAACGCUACGAGACUAUUUAUGGUUCCAGACGCUCACCCAAUCCUUGACUUCACCAUUGAUAAUCCCAACCUGAUGAGUCCGCUUGGGUUUCCAGUGAGCUAU